AUGAACUCGUCCCAGAAAGCUCUCCGGCGAGCGGCUCAGAUCGGCUGCUCCGCGCAGAGACCAGUCGUCGCAUCCCAACGCCAGUGGGCGCGGCACGCCAGUAAUUCGACUCAGAAGCGUGGCCCACGUCGCGGUGGGAAAGUCGUCGGCUUUGCUGCUGUGUUCGCCGCCGCAGCUGCCGGCGCAUACUACUAUCCCCAGCUCUCGGGGCAGCCCGCACCCGAGCCGGACCAGGCUGAGCGGGCCGCACCCGAGCUGGAGUUCGAGAAGCCGAGGAAGCAGGCCGUGUCCAAGGAGGACAACAGGGACCUCAUCAGCUCACAACAUCUCCAGGUCAAGAACAGCUGGGAGCACCCGGGCGUCUACGCCUGGGGCUCCAAUGUCGGCAAGGUCAUCGAUCCCAACUCCAACGACAAGUAUGUCAAGCUGCCGCGGCGGAUUGGCUUUUUCGACGACCAGCUUCUGCGAGACUUGAAGCUCACCCGGGAGUUUGGGGCCGCCAUUACUGAAAACGGAGACCUGGUGCAAUGGGGCUCGGGCUUUUCCAAGGCGGACCCUAGGCCCGAGGCGACUCUCAGGGGUAAGGAUCUCGUCAAACUGGAGGUUUCGGCGGACCACGUAAUUGCGCUGUCGCGGAAGGGCGCCGUCUACUCUAUCCCCGCGUCACGCGACGAUCAACAGGAGGGCGUGAAGCAGGAGAAGAGCAAGAGCUCGUGGUCUCUCUGGAGCUCCGGUGGCAAGGAGCCCAUCAGCUUUAGGAACUUGACCCCCACCAAGCUGACUCGAGGUGAAAAGGUGACGGAUAUCAGCAGCGGCCUUGAACACUGCCUCCUGUUGACCAACCGCGGGCGAGUCUUUUCUGCGGCCUCAAGCGCCACCUCGUUCCCCGCCAAGGGCCAGAUGGGCAUCCCCGGUCUCGGCUGGGAGACGAGGCCGGCGGGUCCCUAUGACCAAGCUCACGAGGUGGCGACUCUCGGCGGAUUCGACAUUGACAAGAUUGCCACGGGUGAUUUCCACUCGGUAGUCUCGGACAAGGCCGGGAGAGUGUUUACCUUUGGCGAUAACACGUUUGGCCAGCUCGGAUUUGAAGCCGAGGUGAGCCUGCCAUUCGUAUCGACACCGUCCAUGGUGUCGACCAACAAACUCUACGGGAACAGCGGGCUCGUGCCCAAAGUGACAGCGAUUGCCGCCGGAGGGGUCAACACCUUCUUCACUGUCGACGCAGAAGCGCCAGGGACCGGACGAGGCGUCUUGAGCGCGGCGCCGGCGAAGCGGAUGCCUCGAACCGUCUCUGACCUGUGGGCCUGCGGGCAGGGCGUGUCUGGGACGCUGGGGACAGGCAAGUGGACGCACGUGUCGCUUGGACCGGCCAAGGUCAAGACGCUCUCGUCGCUGUUUGAGUUUGACGAGAAGACCAACCGGAUGAUGCCCAUCAAGCUCAAGUCACUGAGCAUCGGGAGCACGCACUGCUCGGCCGUCAUGGACAACGUGACGGAGACCAACAUCUCGAAGCAGUCGAGCGAGAACGAGACCAACUGGGGGGCGGAUGUGGUGUUCUGGGGAGGCAACGAGCAUUACCAGCUGGGCACGGGCAAGAGGACCAACAUGAACACGCCGACGUACAUUGGCCCGCUGGAUGGGGGUUCAGGCGACGCGGACAAGGGGAGGGGGGGCGAGGUGCACCGCCUCUGCCUGACGCCGCGGUCGACGGCUCGCGUGGGCGAGGGUGGCAUGGGCCGCAAGGUGACGCUGGAGCAAAAGGUCGAGUGCGGCAAGUUUGUCACGGGCGUGUAUUCUGCCGUUUGA